AUGGCGCAGAACCCAUACCUCCUCGCGGCCGACAAUAAGCCGGAGCUGCUGCCGCUCCUGCGCGCGAACCCCUCCAUGGCGUCGCAGCAGGACGAGCACGGCUACAGCCUGAUCCACGCCGCCGCCUCCUACAACCACCUCGGCCUCCUACGCACGCUUGUUCGCGAGUUCUCUGUACCAGUCGACCUGCGCGACGAGGACGGCGAAACGGCGCUCUUCGUCGUCGAGACCGUCGAGGCGGCGCGCGUGUUGGUCGAGGAGCUGGGGCUGGACGAGAAGAUCAAAGGGAGUGAGGGGUUGACCGCCCGCGAGAAGAUCGAGGCCGAGGAAGAAUUCCCCGAGGUCGCUGAGUGGUUGAAGGCCAGGGAGGGCAGUGCCGGCGGCGUCAAUGGCCACUCGGGUGCUGUCAAUGGCAAUUCCGCAACUGGUCUGCCGCCAGUUCCGGAGGGGUUGUCGGUCACGAUGGGCACCAUGAAUGAUCCCGCCGAGGAUGGACCGGGGCCGAACCCUGAAAUCAAGCGUCUGAUCGACGAGUUUGCUGCAAGGGACGACCACGAUACUCCAGAGGCACAGGCUGAGCUUCGCCAGUUGAUUAUGCAGGUGAUAUCCGGGGAAGAGCUUUCGGGGGACCGUAACGUUCGGCCGAGACAAGACUGA